AUGCUUCCCAAUCUCGGUAUCUUGAUUUUACCACUACUAGCAUUACCUACUAGCGGCGACGUUGCAGAUGACAAGAUUGCUGAAUACAAGAAGUGGUGGUGGCCCAACUGCACCGAGUAUAGCGUUGUUGAAAAAGACGGAACAGAAUCCUUCUUCAAAGCAACAUGCCCUGACGGAACUGGAAACAACGUUACCACUGAGUUGGACCUCAAACCAUGUUGCGACGAUCUACUGAAGGAGAAAGACGAAACAUAUAUUGAAAAAUGCAUAUUGCGUAACGGGCCUCCAGAACAGAAGGAACUAGGUUGCUUUGUCUAUAAAGACAACCCCGAUAACUCCAAAUGGACACGGCUGACAUGGUGGGAUAAACCACACGUGACUGUUGAAGAUGGUGUCCUUACUUGCUACGAUCACAAAGGAGAACGUGUCUGA